UGUGCAAAUACAUACAUACGUAUAUCCCAAGUGUAAGCGAAAGCCGAAACGAUAACGGAUCCCAUUCCGAAUCCGAAUCCGAAAUCCAAAUCCGAGUCGGAUUGCGAUCCCCCAGACGUCAUAAAUUCAGUGGAACGACGAGACAGUUGGUCGCUCCUAUUUUGCUUGCUUUUCGGGCGAUCCAUCAAACGGCUUUCCAAUUAAUAACCACCGAACACAUGUCGUAUCAAUACUCGACUUAGAUACGGGGCCCCCGGAGAUCCAAUAUCAAGCGAUACCACACACUACUCGACCAUAGGAAACUUUAUAAGACUGAGAGUUGCAAGCGACCAUGCGCGCAUGGCUUCUACUCCUCGCAGUGCUGGCGACUUUUCAAACGAUCGUUCGAGUUGCUAGCACCGAGGACAUAUCCCUGAGAUUCAUCGCAGCCAUUGCGCCCCAGCGGCCCAUCGAGAGCACCGCCUUGGCGAGAGCAUUUAACCUUCAACCCUUCAACGAGCCGCCCUUCUACAGAGGCAGUGAUAUCAGUGAUAACAGCAAAAGCAAACCUAGCAAAAGCACAAGCAAAAGCAAAAGCAAAAGUGACGCGAACCGACAGUUCAACGAAGUGCAUAAACCAAGAACAGACCAAUUAGAAAAUUCCAAAAAUAAGUCUAAACAAUUAGUUAAUAAAACAAAUAACAACAAAAUGGCUGUCAAGGAGCAGAAGCGCAAGCAGAAGGAGCAGCAUCCUCACAGGCCAGACUCCAUCAGUGAGUCGCAGCAGCCAAGGAUCGAGUCCAUCUUUGCGGUGGAAGAGGAGAAGCAGCAGGAGCAGCAGGAGCAGCAUCAACAGGAGGAGCACCAGAAGAAGCUGGAGCUGGAGCCAACGCUGAUCCUGGACAAGGAGAUGGCCACCAUUAGCGUGCCGGCCAACGCGCAGGCUAUUAUUGUCGAACAGGAGCCAUCGACCUACAGCAAGAAGGGAUUGAGCAAGGAGAAGCUCAAGCCAGAUCCCUCCACUCUAGUCGAGAUCGAGAACAGCCUCCUCUCGCUGUUCAACAUGAAGCGGCCGCAGAUCGACCGCUCCAAGAUCAUCAUCCCGGAGCCAAUGAAGAAGCUCUACGCCGAGAUAAUGGGCCACGAGCUGGGCUCGGUCAACAUACCCAAGCCGGGACUGCUGACCAAGUCGGCCAAUACAGUACGAAGUUUUACACACAAAGAUAGUAAAAUCGACGAUCGGUUUCCGCACCAUCAUCGGUUUCGCCUCCACUUCGAUGUGAAGAGCAUUCCCGCCGAGGAGAAACUGAAGGCGGCGGAACUGCAGCUAACCCGCGAUGCACUCAGUCCGCAGGUGGUGGCCAGGACGGCAUCGUCGGCGGCGGCGGUGAAUAGGACGCGCUACCAGGUGCUCGUCUAUGACAUCACGCAGGUGGGGCUCCGGGGACAGCGGGAGCCGGGCUACCUGCUGUUGGACACCAAGACGGUCCGGCUGAACAGUACGGACACGGUGAGCCUAGAUGUCCAGCCGGCCGUGGAUCGGUGGCUGGCGGAGCCAAAGCGCAACUAUGGGCUCCUGGUGGAGGUUCGCACUGUGCGUUCCCUGAAGCCGGCGCCGCACCAUCAUGUCCGGCUGCGACGGAGUGCGGACGAGGCGCACGAACGCUGGCAGCACAAGCAGCCGCUCCUGUUCACCUACACGGAUGAUGGGCGGCACAAGGCGCGCUCCAUACGGGAUGUGUCCGAGCGAGGUGGUGGCGAGGGUGGUGGCUCUGGCAAGGGCGGCGGCGGUAGGAAUAGGAGACACCAGCGGAGACGCAAGAACCACGAUGACACGUGCCGGCGGCAUUCGCUGUACGUGGACUUCUCGGACGUGGGCUGGGAUGAUUGGAUUGUGGCGCCGCUGGGCUACGAUGCGUUCUACUGCCACGGCAAGUGCCCGUUCCCGCUGGCCGAUCAUUUGAACUCCACGAACCAUGCCGUGGUCCAGACGCUGGUCAAUAAUCUGAAUCCCGGCAAGGUGCCGAAGGCCUGCUGCGUGCCCACGCAACUGGACAGCGUGGCCAUGCUCUAUCUCAAUGACCAAAGUACGGUGGUGCUGAAGAACUACCAGGAGAUGACCGUGGUGGGCUGUGGCUGUCGAUAGAUUCGAGAUUCUA